CCCCCCCCCCCCCCCCCCCCCAAAAAAAAGACCAGAGGAAGAGCAGAAGAGCUUCUCUGUAUCGCUGCCAAAAGAUGAAGUUCAAUAUUGCGUAUCCAAGAACUGGGUGCCAAAAGAAGCUUGAGAUCGACGAUGAUUCCAAACUCCGAGUAUUUUGGGACAAGAGAAUCUCACAAGAAAUUAGUGGAGAUGCAUUGGGAGAGGAAUUCAAGGGUUAUGUAUUUAAAAUCAUGGGAGGCUGUGACAAGCAGGGUUUUCCAAUGAAGCAAGGAGUGUUAACCCCAGGCCGCGUUCGUCUUUUGUUACAGAGAGGAACUCCUUGCUUCCGUGGAUAUGGCAGGAGGAAUGGUGAGAGGAGAAGGAAGUCUGUGCGCGGAUGCAUUGUUAGUCCAGAUCUCUCUGUUCUAAACUUGGUUAUUGUGAAGACAGGGGAGAAUGAUCUUCCUGGAUUGACUGAUAUUGAGAAACCAAAAAUGAGAGGUCCAAAAAGGGCUUCGAACAUACGGAAGUUGUUUGCUCUUUCCAAGAAUGACGAUGUUCGGAAGUAUGUUAACACAUAUCGCAGAACCUUCACAACCAAAUCUGGAAAGAAGUGCAGUAAAGCUCCUAAAAUCCAAAGGCUGGUUACUCCAUUGACUUUGCAAAGGAAACGAGCAAGGAUUGCAGAGAAGAAGAAGAGGGUUGCAAAGGCUAAGGCUGAGGCUGUUGAGUAUCAAAAGCUCCUUGCACUGCGAUUGAAGGAGCAGCGUGAACGCCGUAGUGAGAGCUUAGCAAAGAGGAGAUCCAGACUUUCUGGUGCCACCAAGCCAUCUGCUUGAGCCCAUGUUAUGCAAUUUUGGUAUCUGCUGAAGUCUCUAAUGUGCAAUUUUGGUGUUUUGAUCUUAUGAGUUUUACUGCGAUAUAGUUUGGGGUUGUUAUAGAUAUAGAUUAAAGCAGUUUUUUUUUCAAUCUUUAUGUUUUCUAUGGUAGUCAACAAUAUAGAUUUUGUUUGCUUUUUAUGUUUUCA